AACACUAUAGUUCUUUUCCGCACUGAUGCAAGAUCACAUCCACACAAUUUAAUUACCAUCUACACUAGAACCAUGCACUCAUUUCCGCCAUAGACGCACAUACACUAAGCUACCUCUAUCUCACCACACUGAAACAGCUCAACGGACCUCUCUAGAAUCCCCCCGAAAAGAAAUGAACUUUUAAAAGGAAAAACAAAAUGGCAGUAUUAUUACGCCACGUAGCCCCUCAGUCUCCUCUUCUUCUUCACUUCUCAGUCCGCAAUAGAGUCGCUUCUCCCAAAACUCGAUUCUCCUCAUCUGUGAUGGCUUCCUCUGCUAAAAAGGUACUGGUGCCGGUUGCGAAUGGAACGGAGCCGAUGGAAGCGGUGAUAACAAUAGACGUGAUAAGAAGAGCAGGUGCUGACGUCACUGUUGGUUCUGUUGAGAAGCAGCUUCUUGUUGAUGCUUGUCAUGGUGUUAAGAUUAUAGCCGAUGCUCUUGUUUCAGAUUUCUCCAACGACGCCGCUUUUGACCUCAUUGCGCUCCCUGGAGGCAUGCCUGGUGCUACCAACCUUAAAACUUGUGGAACUUUAGAAAGCAUGGUCAAGAAGCAGGCUGCAGAUGGCCGGCUCUAUGCAGCUGUGUGUGCUUCUCCUGCAGUUGCAUUUGGCUCAUGGGGUGUGCUCAAGGGAUUGAAAGCAACUUGUUAUCCAUCAUUUAUGGAGCAACUGCAGUCUUCUGAUGCUACGGCUGUCGACUCGAGAGUACAGCAGGAUGGCAUUGUUGUGACAAGUCGUGGACCUGGCACUACCAUGGAGUUUGCUGUUGCACUUGUUGAGCAAUUGUAUGGGAAAGACAAAGCCAAUGAAGUUUCUGGGCCUCUGAUUAUGCGUACCAACCAUGGGGAUGAAUAUACCAUAAAGGAGAUAAACCCAAUGGAGUGGACGUUUGAUGAUGUUCCUCAGGUUCUUGUCCCCAUUGCAAAUGGAACAGAGGAAAUGGAAGCUGUAAUGAUCAUCGAUAUACUGCGACGAGCUAAAGCUAAUGUUGUGGUGGCCUCUGUUGAGGACAAGCUGGAAAUCCUGGCUUCACGGAAAGUUAAAUUGGAGGCAGAUAUGCUACUCGAUGAGGCUGCUAAACUUUCAUAUGACCUAAUUGUCUUACCAGGUGGGUUGGGUGGUGCGCAGGCAUUUGCAAAGUCAGAAAAGCUGGUGAAUAUGCUAAGAAAGCAGAAGGACACAAAUAAACCAUAUGGAGCAAUAUGCGCAUCUCCAGCUUUAGUCUUGGAGCCUCAUGGUUUACUCAAGGGUAAAAAAGCCACAGCUUUUCCAGCAAUGUGCGACAAGCUGUCCGAUAGGAGUGAAGCUGAAAACAGGGUUAUUGUUGAUGGCAACCUCAUCACCAGCAGAGGCCCGGGAACUUCAAUGGAAUUUGCCUUGGGAAUUGUCGAGAAGUUUUUUGGACGCCAUAAGGCACUAGAGCUUGCCAAAGUAAUGCUUUUCACGCACCCAUAGAGUUUGCUUUUGUGCCUUGCUGUUUUUCUACUACUGGUGCUUCUGUGCGUCUGAGAGAGAGAGAGCUGAGCUGAAUUCGUAUAUAUGAUAUGAAUUCAGGUUGCGGUUAUAUCAUGUUUAACAGUUUGUUUAUAAAUAAAUGAGUUUUGGAGGACCGGUUAGGAACUUAA